AUGUCAUCUGCCAUGUUAAAAAUCGCUGAAUUAGAGACUGAAUAUGCACGUACUCAGAAGAAUAAAGCAACAAUGAAACAUUUGUGUCUACUUAAGGCCAAGAUUGCCAAGCUACGACGUGAAGUAACGGAUGCUGGUGCGAAAUCUAGUGGUGGUGGAACAGGUGAAGGGUUUGAUGUGAAUAAAGUAGGCGAUACACGUGUGGGACUCGUGGGGUUUCCAUCGGUGGGAAAAUCUACACUAUUAACAAAACUUACGGGGACGUUUUCAGAGGCCGCUUCCUAUGAAUUUACAACACUGACGGCCAUUCCUGGCACGCUCAAUUAUCGGGGUGCACGUAUCCAGAUUUUGGAUUUGCCUGGGAUUAUUGAAGGUGCCAAGGAUGGUAAAGGAAGAGGAAGACAGGUCAUUGGUACUGCACGAACUUGCAACGUGAUUCUCAUUGUAUUGGAUGCCAUGAAACCAGCGACUCACAAGAAGCUCAUUGAGUUUGAACUCGAGGGUUUUGGCAUCCGACUCAACAAGAAACCAGCCAAUAUGGUCUUUCGACGUAAAGAAAGAGGGGGUGUCCAUUUUCAGACUACUUGUCCACAAAGUGAGCUGGACGCUGACACAGUGUACCAGAUCUUGCACGAGUACAAGAUCCACAACGCCGAUGUGACGCUGCGUGCGGAUGUAACAGUGGACGAGUUUAUCGAUCAGAUCGAAGGCAAUCGCGUGUACAUUCCGUGUCUCUAUGUGUUGAAUAAAAUUGACCAGCUUACGAUCGAGGAACUCACAAUCAUUGACCAGAUUCCGCACAAUGUGGUGAUUUCGGCCCACCACGGCUGGAACUUGGACGAGCUGCUAGAGACAAUCUGGGACUACUGUCACAUGAUCCGCAUCUACACCAAGCCACGAGGCAGACUGCCGGACUAUAACGCACCUGUUAUUCUACACGAGGAGUCGCCCACAGUGGAGAGCUUUUGUCAGCGCAUUCACAAGUCGCUACUGAAAGAUUUCAAGUACGCCUGGGUCUGGGGAGCGUCGUGUAAGCACCAGCCGCAGAAGGUGGGCAAGGAACACUUGCUACAAGACGAAGAUAUCGUACAGAUCGUCAAAAAGGUGUAA